AUGUCUGAUGAGUCCACGAUCCUUCGCCCGCGUCCGCGCCGCGCGUUCGACCUUACCCCCGAAGAGCCCUCCUCCCCUGCCGAGCCAGCCAAUCCGGACCUGUUGAAUCCGCGCGAAGCCGGUUCGACGAAUGUCAGCCGCAACGUAUCGAUCAUGAAUCUGACAUCGCCAACUCUUGUCGGGAUUUAUUCUCCGACCGCAUUUGAAGGCACUCGCGACGAUUCUUCGCCUUGGGGCACGGAAGCGCAUACCCCCGAAGCUCUGAAUGCUGGUAUUCGGCCAGUCAUCCAAGGGCCAGCACCGGGGAAGCUGCAGCGGACGCGGUCACGCCUCAGUCAGGGACUUUUUCGCGGGGUCAUUCUCCCCCAGGCGCUGAAGAGCGCCUUCCUGCUUGGCUUCGGCGUGGUGUACGGGAUCAUUACGAUCCACCUGCACGAGAAUCAUUGGAUCACUCCGGUGAAGCUGGAAAACGUCCAUUACUACGGAUCAUGGCAAUAUCUGGCAUUCUGGGGCGUUGCGGGAGUCAUUCUGGGCAACGUACUCCCCUGGUUUGACCAGUUCUCGGAUGACUUGAUCAAUGACGGCAAGCGAGCUGCUUCUUCGGCGAGUGACGAGGAAACUGCCGAACGCACACUGUCGUGGGUGGCGGCGGUCCGCAGCGUCGGAGCCUUUGUCGGAAUCGCAUUUGCUAUGCGUCGACUACCCUGGGAAUCUACGACCCAAGCUUCGGUAACCCUCGCACUGGUGAACCCUGUCUUAUGGUAUCUCAUCGACCGCACUCGGACAGGGUUCGUCUUGUCGACUGUGGUUGGUUUGGCUGGAAUGGGCGUUGUGUUGGGCGUCAACCCCGAUCUGGUGCCAUCCUCUCUGGAGCCCUCUAGCCCCACCCUCCUGUUGGCCAACGUCACGGGGCGGGACUUCGGUUUGGACAUUGGGGUCACGCAGGAGAGCAUUGCUGUGCGGACAUGGGUUGCCAGUGUUCUGUUUUGCGCCUGCGUUUGCUUCGGAAACAUUGGCCGGCAAUUGGCCAUUGGCAACUCCGGCAGAGAGUCGCUCAAGAAGUGA